GAGGGGGCGAGCGAGCGAGCGCGCAGGCAGGCGGCUGCCAGCAGCUCAUCCCCGCUCGCUCCUGGCGGCGCCUGCUCGCAGAAGCUCCCGGAUCCAGACACGCGCAAGGCGCUGUCCUUUCAGCACCACGAGCCCGGCCGAGGAGGGAGGACUCUUGGCUGUGCUCCUGCUCUCCAAAUUGGCUUGAAUCUGCUCGGACCCCCAAGAGUGCAGCACAGUCCGGGAAGAAAGGCACAAGGAUGGUGAAGCUGAACGGCACCCCGGGCGAGAAGGGCGCCAAGCCGCCCUCGGUGGAGGAUGGCUUCCAGACCGUCCCUCUCAUCACCCCCCUGGAGGUGAAUCACCUGCAGCUGCCCGCUCCGGAAAAGGUGAUCGUGAAGACAAGAACGGAGUACCAGCCCGAACAGAAGAACAAAGGGAAGUUCCGGGUGCCGAAGAUCGCCGAGUUUACGGUCACCAUCCUGGUCAGCCUGGCCCUCGCCUUCCUCGCCUGCAUCGUGUUCCUGGUGGUUUACAAAGCCUUCACCUACGACCACAGCUGCCCGGAGGGGUUUGUCUACAAGCACAAGCGCUGUAUCCCGGCCUCCCUGGACGCCUACUACUCGUCGCAGGAGCCCAGCUCCCGGAGCCGCUUCUACACGGUCAUCAGCCACUACAGCGUGGCCAAGCAGAGCACCGCCCGGGCCAUCGGGCCCUGGCUCUCGGCCGCCGCCGUCAUCCACGAGCCCAAGCCGCCCAAGACCCAGGGCCACUAGGGGCCACGGCAGCCGGGGGGCUGGGCGCAGGGGGGACCCCGCUGGCUAAAAGCUCCAGUUACCAGACCAGGCUGUCCUCCCGGGGUGGGGGGCGGGGGGCUCCCCUGAACUUCCAUGCGCUGGCGUCGUCCAAAUCGCUUUCUUUUCGUCCCUGGUAUUGUCGCUUCUCCCCGAGUCCGGCUCGUGUACAAAGGCAUGUUGCGUGUUGACCGUCCCCAUGUAAGACAUGUUCAAGGCCACUGCUUAGUGUUUGUUAGGAAACAUUAAAAACAGGACAGGAGACAGAACACCAACAGGAAAAGGGUGAGCGGGCUGCGUGGGGAGGCGUGGAGGGCAGCGAGGACCCUCGGCUGCUCAGAUGCGGGGCCGCAGCUUCUGUGUGGGCUCUGGGGGUGCGGGACCCGGGGCGACACAGCGGGGCUCUGAGGGAGCCACAGCUCACGGUCACAGCCCCCAGCAGGGGUGCCCUGCAGGUCGGCACAGAUGUGUGAGGGUUUCCAAGCCGCCUGGGGGGGCGGGGGGGUGGUGUCCGCAAACAGGAGCGGGCGACUCCCUGUGUCUUUCCCUGGUGUUUCUAGAACCUCACCUGGGCGCUGCCCUCGUUCCUGACAGGCCGGGGGGGGGGGGGGGGGGGGAGGGGGGGAGCGCUGCAGAAAGUGCACAGGCACCCGAUUUUAAACUUUUGUUCGGUUGUUUGUUUCCCAGAGUGCUAAUAGCAAUGAGAACAAUAAAGGCGGUAACCAGGAAGCUCAGGGGGGGCCCGAGACCCAAGGCGGGGCCGCGGCGAAGCGAGCUGGUUCUGAAGGAGGCGCACACUCGGGUCUCCUGCCCACGCGGGUGUCGAAGGGACAUCCGUCCACCCCUGAGCUGGUUUAGAUGCUCCUGACAAGGCGGCGGCACCGGCCUCAGCCCGCCCCACCCCGGCCCUGAACCCCCUCGGCACCCACGGUGCGCCCCACAAGCAUUCUGGGGAGGCCCACUCUGCAGGCGUGGGCUGCAGGCUGGGAGGUGUGAUUUGAGACGAGGUUUCCCCGCGGAGCUCUGACGGCCAUGCCAGGGCCUGGGUGGCUGCCGUGCGGCCGUCAUUGUCAUUGUGCACAGCAGCUGGGCCGAGAGCAGCGGCUCCCGGCGUCCCGCCAAGGCCGCCAAGGCCACCGUCCGACCCUCCCCCCUCUGCCCGGCCGCAGGUCACCCACCUCCAUCCGUCAUCCACAGCCCGUGACAAGCUGUCCCUAGCCCAGCCGCUGAGCGCUUUCUAACUUUGUGGUGUAUUUUUGUCAGUAGGUAGCAGAGGCUGAGUAUUUUUUGUGUAAUUCUUGAACUUUUCUGACAGGAAACAAAUAAAGAUAGAUGUGUCUGAGA